AUGGCCACGGGAACCCAGGGCCACCGUGACCACAUCCUGGAGAAAGCCAAGCUCGUGCCGGCCACUGGGAGGCGCAAAAGAGCAGAGGGGAAGCCUAAGAAGAAUUUCCCCUGCCAAGUGUGCCAGAAGGCUUUCAACAGCGUGGAGAAGUUGAAGGUGCACUCGUACUCGCACACAGGAGAGAGACCCUACCGCUGCUCCCACCCCGACUGCACCAAGGCAUUCGUCUCCAAAUACAAGCUGCUACGGCAUAUGGCAACUCACUCGCCAGAAAAAAGCCACAAGUGUUCAUACUGUGAGAAAAUGUUCCACCGCAAGGAUCACUUAAAGAAUCACCUGCACACUCACGACCCAUACAAGGAGGCGUUCGCCUGCCAGGAGUGUGGCAAGAGUUAUAACACCAAGCUGGGCUUCAAGCGGCACCUAGCCCUUCACGCGGCCAACAGCGGAGACCUCACUUGCCAGGUUUGCCUGCAGCCAUUCGCCAGCACCGAGGUGCUUCUGGAACACCUCAAAACCCAUGCCGGUAAGUCCUCUGGCGGGACCAAAGAGAAAAAGCACCGGUGUGAACAUUGCGAGCGUCGGUUUUACACCCGCAAAGAUGUUCGACGCCACAUGGUGGUGCACACCGGACGCAAGGACUUCCUGUGUCAGUACUGCGCUCAGCGCUUUGGUAGGAAGGACCACCUGACACGACACGUGAAGAAGAGCCACGCUCGGGAGCUGCUGAGGGUAAAGACUGAGCCGGCCGAUUCGCUGGAGCCCUUUGUCUGCGACCUUUCAUCUGGGGGUAUCAAGGGGGAGCUCCCAGGCAUGCUGCCCCCACCGAGACAGCUCCAGCUCAACAUGUACACAGGUCCCGUCCUGGACACAGAGCCCUUCCCAACCUCGAUGCAUCCCCUGUCUCUGAAGUACCCCCUGGGCUCCAACUUUACCUCAUAUGCUGUUUCCUCCCAGGAGCGGGAGCAGAAUCUAAAGGGAGAACUGGAGACCUACCUGAUGGAACUGCAGAGCGCCAUGCCUUCCUCCUCCUCUGCAGCCGAAGACACUCAGCUCUCCUCCUCCAAGCUGGAGCUGGAGCAGCAGGUGGGUGUAUUGGAGGGAACGAGCGAGGAGGCGUCCCUGUCUAAAAUGUCCACAACUGCAGCAGCGGUGUCAGCCUCGGCGAUAGGUGACUCACUGGCCUCGUCCUCCUCAUUGCUGGACUUCUCGCAGCUCUUUAACUUUCUGCCAUUGAACGGCCCACCGUACAACCAGGCAGGCAGCAGCAGCUCGCUGGGUGUUCCCUAUCCACCCACCGAAGAGCCCACGCCUCUAGUCCAGCUGCCCCAACAGCCCCCAGAUGGCCCAGAGGCUGCCGAAAGCUCCCUCCAGGGGCUGACCUCCUCCUUUAUAUCCAGCCUGAGCACACCCACCACACUACCCCGCUUCCACCACGCCUUUCAGUGA